AUGAGCGCUUCGGAAUUCCUAGAAUCGUCCCCAAUUUCUAUCGAUGAUGUCCCAAUUGACUUCGAACUCCCAGUGCCUUCCACGCCUGCUUCUUCUGCCGAGAGCUCAUUGACGCCGUUCUCCCCGCCGCCGACGACAUUGCCCACUCCUGAUAAGUACGAUACGCGUCUUUGGGGACAUUUUCCGGGUUGGGUAUGGUCAGAAAGAAGCAAAGACAACUACUCAUGGGCUUGGGAAUAUGGAUACGACAUACAACAUGACGACGAGCGCAGAUGGGUCUGCAAGCCGUGUAUUCAGAAGAACGACCCCAGACCUAAGAAUUUCGUUGCUAUUGGCCUUCAGAAUGCGCUGAAUCACUUAUACAAGGAUCACGGAAUAUCUGCACCAGAUAACAAGACAAAGUCCGGCUUGCAAAAGAAAGCCGAGGAGAAGCCAGGGAGCAAGAGGCCAAGAUCGAUUGUGGAUAUAUGGAAGCUCGACCCUUUAAGACCUCGAGAACAGGCGAUUGCCAACUCUAUGAUACGCGGAUUUAAUCGAAAUCACUUUCAACGUCUCCUGAUCGAGUGGAUAGUCGACACGAAUCAGCCCUUUAGUGUUGUUGAACAUGAGAGACUCCGGGAUAUCUUCGAAUACCUUAACCCUGCAGUCAAGAUCACGAACGCCAACAUCUCUGAUACCACAGUUCGCGCGCUCAUCAACUCCGAAUUUAAAAAGCACAAGGCGCGCGUCAUUGAAGCCCUGCGAAAGAGCCCCGGCUUAAUACACGUCAGCUUUGACGGAUGGAGGGCGCGGAAUCGACACUCGUUAUACGGUAUCGUGUGCUUCUUCAGGGACGAGAAUAGCAAGCCCCACAAGGUCGCUCUGGGGGUCCCCGUAGACUCCGAGGAAAAUGCGGAUCCGGCUCAGGCGAGACGGUCGAGACCGGGUGAGCCAUGCAUGGAUGCCUGGGUGAGCCGCCCUCAAAAAGGUCGCGCGACCACCGCGCGACGCAACAUCCUGCAACCAACAUUCACAAUUCAGUUUUUCGAAAUAUCGACGUGA